AUGCCAAUGGCAUCGUCCGUGCCAAAGCUCCGCUUUUUGUUCCUUGUUUCCGCUUUUUCCGUGGUACGCACCACUGUAUUUGUUAUGGAAAAUGAUGCGUUUAAUUUGAUAGUAUCAUCAUUUCCGGACGCCGUUAGCCAGUUUGGCCCAGAAUUAUUCCAUGUCGGUGGCUUUUUAGUGGUUGCAAAUCCGGUUAACGCAUGUGAACCAAUUCAGAAUAUCUCUCACUACCCAGUACCUGAUUCAAGAUCUCGUUCACGGGAAACUGAUGUGCCCUUCAUUGCCCUUAUUAGUCGUGGAGGCUGCAAUUUCGAUCUUAAAGUUCUAAAUGUCCAAAAUGCCCGCUUUUCCGGAGCAAUUGUUUACAACAAUGUGGACUAUGAAAUAUUUCCAAUGAGCGGUCGUGAUUUUUCCACCAAGAUUUUGAUACCAUCUGUUAUGGUAGACAAAUCGGCUGGGGAUCGUUUGCAAUCUUAUUCCUUAUUAAAAACGGACGAGAAAUACCUCGUAAGUCUGACGAGCUUCUACAGCAUCCCCUUGAAAUACGUACUGCUAGCUCUGUUGAUACUUGUCGGUACCUCCCUUUUGAUCCUCAUCGGCUGCUUCAUAUCUCACUUCUGUAAUUCUUGGUGCCGUGCUCGACGUGGAAGGCUAUCGUACCGUCACUUACGUCAGUUGACCACCAAACGGUUUACAAAAGGUCGGGAUCCGUACGAAGCCUGUUCAAUAUGCUUAGAAGAUUAUGAGGAACGCGAUAAGCUGCGUCUAUUGCCUUGUCAUCAUGGUGGGUCGUGGAUCUAUUUGCCACAAAGUUUACCACGUGAAUUCUUAAUGAUCAUGACUUUGUGUUCCAAACCCGUAUCACCUCGCUUUUAA